CCCCCACCGCCGUGAUCAAAACCGCUUCGGCGCUUCCCCUCAUUGAAAUGACUAGCUAGCUAGAGGCGGCGAGUUACCGCGCGGCGGUGUGAAAGCCUCUUUCCGUUAUUGAACAUACCCUGGCAUAUUAGUCAGACAGUUGAACUCGGACCAAAACAAACUUAGAGGGAUAAAUAUUUGGCUUUGACGUCUGACUUUCAAACAGACAUUUUCCAAAUGUCGACGCGAUUAAACAAGAGGUGUAAGGAGACAUAAUUUAUUAGGUGGCUUGGAGAAUAACAGGGCUUGUAUUAGCCUAAGCUAACUUUUAGCUAGAAUGCUAACGUUACUGUAAGCUAACAGAAGCCGUUCGCUAGCUGACGUUAACGGUAACGGUAUGACAGACAACCAAACAGCCACUGGGAGUAAAAGCUUCUGCCUCUGUUGCCUACCCUAUCAGCCCACCAAUUUUAAACUGGCUUUCCAACUAGUUAGGUAGCUAGCUAGCUAGUUAGCUAGAGUAAACCGAUACACUGAUUCUUCGUUGCCUUUUACUGCCUGGACUAACAACUCCAGUAUGGGGAUGUGCUUGCCGUGCCUUGGUGGAGCAGCGGACGACGUUGUUGUCACUCCAGAUCCAGACACAAGGAGACGACAAUUAGCUGAGGCCGCUGAGAAGAGACAAAAAGAGACAACAUACAGGGGUGUUAAAAAUCCAGAAGCUGUCGAAAGGAAAAAGAAAAAACGGGAAGAGAUUGAAAAACAGGCGAUGACAACCUCUGUGUCUGGUGGUGGGGGCGGCGGGUUGAAGUGGCAAGUUGGCUGAAAAUCAAGAUGAAGUCUUAACUCUGAAGUCCAAAACAACAUCAAAUAGAUGACAAGAUGACUUGAAAGAUGUUUGAACUGCUGUCCAGUUUUUGAAUUUUUGUGUGUGCCUAUUUUAUGAUGUUCUGAGACAAACAGCUACAGUUGUCAUGGUUUCUGCAAAGCAGUCGGAAGUGAACACAGACAGAACAGCUGGACUUACCCCCUGGUUGCCAAGUUAUACAAGCCAGUUUGGACCUUUAGGACAAGUUAGAGAUGACACAGACAUGUGCAAACAAAUACAGUUGCUACUCUAGUAGUUUUCUUUUACAAUUGAUAAUACAGCCUUACAGUGAACAGCAUUAGAUAACACAAAAUAAUAUGAUUAUAAAGUCCAGCAGUAUCUCGACUAUUGUCAUAUUAAGACAAAGCUGUCCAACACUUUUCAGCUUUUUCACUACAUUGCUUUUGGUUCUCAUUGUGGAGAAUCUGUAAAUACACAUUGACCGCAUUACUUUUUGUAUGACUUUUCCAAAAAUCUGUUAUGCAAAUGACAAAUUUCACAAGUAAAACCGAGUUAUGUUUACAUCAAUUUAUGUGUGCUUUUUGUAGGAUUAGUAUACAGUCAAAAAGCAUCCAUUUAACACUCAUUUCACCUUAUUUAGGGCUCUAUUUAUUGGCAAGACUCAUGCAAACAGUGCUAUAACUUGUUGAUUUGUACUGAACUUGUAAUGUGCUUUGCCUGUCCCUGGGCUGUUUUCAUGACCAGUGCAGUGCACAUGUCACAUGGGAGUCCCUUGUUGUUGAGGAAGGUAAUGCCAGGUAUUGAGUUUUUGACAUUGUGUAGAGAAUAUAUUUGACAACAAAGUCUGUACUCUGUGCAAUGUCAUAUAGUCACUAAAUUAGUGAUUCUGUAAGGAAGUACAUACUACAGACUUGACAAAAUAUGCAGCAGCUACAGAUUACUGCUGAAUAAUAUGACACUAAAACAUUCUCCAACCUGUAAAAAUGAAAAGGAUGUGCACUAGGAAACGUCGUUAAUGAAUGUGAACAAGGCCUAUUGCACUAGUCUUUGCCAUUACUCCUUUUAAAAAAAGCCCUUUUUGUUUUUUUUCUCUGCACAAUUUGAGUUUGUUGCAUUGAAUUACAAUGUAUGCAAAACACUGAUGUGAUGCCUGCUUAAUUUAAAUUAUGUGAAAUGUGUUUGUGAAUUGCCGUAAUACAAACAGAAGCUUUUGUUAGAUAUGUCUUUGCACAGUUUUUCAACAUUUGGUGAAUAGCCAACAUGCUCGCUCACUAUGUUGGGAGAGAUUCAUGUCAACUAAAAUGGAAACAGGAAAAAAACUGAAGGAAAAGAACAAGUGAAGUGUGUACUGUACGUAGUGAAGUGUUUACUUUGACUUGCUUAAUUGAGUGCAUUUUUAAGCCUUCACUUGAUCCUUAGAUGCUUCCGGAGCUCUCUGCAUUUUGUAGAACAGGAAAUUUGCCAAUGUUAUUUGCUACAAUAAAUUACAUUUCUGCUA